AUUCCCCAAUCCAAUCAUUCAUCUCUUUUUUUCCCUUCCGAUUCCAUUCCACUCCAUUCCUCCCCCAAUUCCAUCUUCAUGGAAAUCGACGAAAACCCUAACUGGCUCUUCGAUUAUGGCUUGAUGGAGGAUAUCUCCGCUGCUCACUUCACCGUUCCGCCACCACCACUACCGCCUCCCAUUGUUUUUGAUUGGCCUUCACCUGCUUCACUACCUGCUGUAAGCAUUGAGAUUGAAAGCUCGUUUAUCGAUUUUGAAAGCCCCAAGGAGGCAGGACCACGGAAACGGUUAAAGUCUGAACCUAACAAUGUAUUUGGGUCGAAAGCAGGCCGUGAGAAAUUGCGUAGAGAUAGGAUGAAUGAGAGGUUCUUGGAAUUGGGUUCGAUCCUGGAGCCUGGAAGAGCACCGAAAACAGACAAGACUGCUAUCCUGAGCGAUGCUAUUCGAAUGAUAACACAGCUGCGAAGUGAAUCGGAGAGGCUCAAUGAGUCGAAUGUUGAUUUGCAGGAAAAAAUCAAGGAACUAAAGGCUGAGAAGAAUGAACUUCGUGAUGAGAAACAGAGGCUAAAAGUCGAGAAAGAGAAGCUGGAACAACAAGUCAAAUCCAUGAAUGGUCAACCUAGCUAUCUGGCACACGCGACUGCAAUGCGGGCUGCAUUUGCUGCUCAAGAGCAAGCUGCUGGAAACAAGUUGAUGCCAUUUGUCGGUUACCCGAGUGUUGCCAUGUGGCAAUUCAUGCCAUCUUCUGUGGUCGACACAUCCCAAGAUCAUGUUCUUCGACCUCCAGUUGCAUAACUGCAGGGAUCUUCAGGUUUGUUCUCCCUUCUUCCAACUUAACAUUAUGUAUGAUAUAACCAUAUUAUCUGUUAUUAUUCUUAAAUAUGUCACUGUGGGGAUUGAAGAAGUGUGUGUUCUAAUAAUGCAUACAAAAUGGCGAUCCAUUCGCCUUUCCUGCUGUAUUGAUGUAAUAUAAACCUAAACUACUUUUCAGUUUGUAAUGUGUGAUGACAUUUGGAUUUGGCUAGUUAAUGAAAUCAAACCAUAAUUGUGAA